CACACGAGCCUCUGAAGUGUUUUACUGCCUCUAAUAAAGAAGCUGAUGUGUUUGAUUCACAGGAUGUGGAGACGCCACACACACACACACACACACACACACACACACACACACAUGAGUUUGGACGCGCGUCUCCACGAUGUUUAAUGUUCAUUCUCUGUUCGUGAUCGUGCUGCUGGUUUCCAGUCCGUCCACAGCUGAUGAAGAUGAUGAAGAUGAAGGUCUGACAGUGAACCCGGUGAGUGACUCCGGCGCAGUGCGCUCGGUGUGUAAACCGGUUCCGAACACGAUGAGCUUGUGCUCCGGGAUCGGCUACGGGGAGAUGCGGCUCCCGAACCUGCUGGGCCACGACACCGCGAGGGAAGCUCAGCAACAGUCCGCCUCCUGGCUGCCUCUGCUCGGCAAACACUGUCACCGGGACACGCGACGCUUCCUCUGCUCGCUCUUCGCGCCCGUGUGUUUACCGGAGGUCCCGGUCCCGGUGCGCCCGUGCCGGAGUCUCUGCGAGGCGGUGCGGGACGCGUGUCUGCCCGUCAUGAGCGCAUUCGGGUUCCCGUGGCCGGAGAUGUUCAACUGCAGCCGGUUUCCGGAUGGACCGGAGCUCUGCGUUCCCGGAGAACGAGACGCGAACCCGGAGGAAACAACAACCGACGCGCAUAACGGUUCUGUGGUCUGUGAGGUUUGCAGUCCAGACUCAGGAGAGCGAGAGAUCCAGCAGAACUUCUGCAAGAGUCCGUUCGCGUUCCGCCUGCGGAUCGGCUCCUGGUCUCGGGACGGGUCAGAUGUGCGUGUGGUUCCUCAGGGUCGCAGUCGUGUCCUGCGCUGGCAGGAUCAUCAGGUGGCGGCGGGGGACCAGAGCGCCCUCUGGCUGCCGGGGGGUCGCGACUGCUCCUGUCCCGCGCUGGACGGGCCGCUCACCGGCUCAUACAUCGCCCUGGCCCACAUGACCAGCGGACGCAUGCUCGUCUCACGACUCCUCAAAUGGUCCCGUGAAGAGAAAGAGCUGAAGAAGUUCAUCCGGAUGAUGCUGAGACGAGCCUGCUGAGGUCACGACCCCUGGACAGACAUUAAUGAGCG